AUGGGAAUCUUUGAUGAAUGGAAGAAUCUCUCCUUCUGCAACAAGGACACCAGGAAGUUCCAAAUACCUGGAAGAGUAGAGGAAAGAAAACCAGGAGGCGUUGCUAACACUGGUGGACGAGCUUUUCAAUGUCCAGAAGCUGAAGGUCGAUACCCUCACGAAAGCCUCUGCUACAUGUUCUACGAAUGCGUAGAUUACAUUCCCUACGACUAUGAGUGUCCGGAUGACGAACUCUACAGCCAAGAGGAACAAUAUUGCAUGCCUCCGGGAGAAGUGGAUUGUGGGAAUCUCCUGCCAAGACCCACCACAUCCGGACAAACUCAGGAAACCACGCCAGGAAGUGGCAGUUCCACCCCUGGUGGAGGAGAUUUUCAAUGUCCAACGUCCCACGGUCUAUAUCCUCAUGAGACCUUCUGCUACAUGUUCUACAACUGCGUAGAUUACAUUCCUUACCCCAGCGAGUGUCCCGAAGACAAGCUCUUCGACCAAGAAGAACUGUAUUGCAUGCCUCCUGAAGAGCGAGCCGACCUCCUACGUCGUCGCAGACGGAUAGCACCACCACCACGAGUGGCGGAGAAUUCCAAUGUCCUGAGCCUGAUGGAUUUUUCCCUGAUCCUGAAUCGUGUGAUCAUUACUACCAAUGCUCUGGCGGACUCCCCUUUUACCAAGUGA